AUGUCCUCCCACCCCGUCGCAGGGUCGGAGAACCCGUACCAUCACCUCCGCAUCACGGUCACUAGCGGCGGCUGCCACGGCUUCCAGUACCUGAUGUCCCUGGAGCCUGCAUCCAAGAUCGAUGUUGAAGCAGACACCGUCUUCGAGGGCGAGGAAGACGUCGCGACGGUGGCUGGCGAAGCCAAGGUCGUUAUAGACGAGCCUUCGCUAGAACUUUUGCACGGUAGCACUGUAGACUAUACGACUGAGUUGAUUGGAAGCCAGUUUAAGAUUGUGGAUAACCCAAGGGCUACGAGCAACUGUGGUUGCGGAACGAGUUUUGACGUUAUUAAUUAA